UUGGCCUAAAUUCAAAAUUCCCACGGUUUCUUCGAUUUCUUCGGAGAUCAACAACCAUUUCUCUUCUUUCACCGUUCUUUUUAUUUGCGUCGCUGGCUGUGAAUUUCUGACCGCUGUUCACAUUUUUCAAUCAGAUCAGUGGUUUUCCACCUGUUCGUAGACGAAGAUCGGUCGUUUGGAAGGAUUUAUCGUUCCAGGCGUGGUUCGUUUAGUUACUUGACAUCAGAUUCAAGCUUGGCGUUCUGGAAACUGUAAAUUGAUUACUCAAUGUCAUUCCAAGUUCCUACACUGGUAGAUUUCAGAGACAUACUUUUCAAAACUUGAAACUUGAACGUUUUGGACAGUAUGGCGAACCCUACACGCAGUGGAAACAUGAGAAAUCCUAACGAGAUAAUGAGGAUUCUAGUUACAACAUUUGUUGGAGGCGUUUUUGGUUUCUUUUUAGGGGUAUCCUUUCCCACACUCUCAUUAUCCCAGCUAAACUUCCCAUCCAGCCUGAUUCCUUCUAUUGAUCUCACUUACAUUGAGGACAAGUACUCAGGCCUCUCCACUGAAGCAUUCUUGAAUGCUUGGUCUUCUUUGAAGGGUAGCAGAGGCGGCUCCUUUCAGUCUUCACUGAACGAGACAAAGAUAUGGGUUCCUACAAAUCCAAGAGGAGCUGAAAGAUUACCACCUGGUAUUGUUGAGCCUGAAUCUGAUUUUAACCUUCGGCGUUUGUGGGGCAUGCCAAACGAGGAUUUGACCAUCAAACCGAAGUAUCUGGUAACAUUUACGGUUGGUUUUGGUCAGAAAAAGAAUAUUGAUGCAGCAGUUAAAAAGUUCUCAGAGAACUUCACGGUUCUGUUGUUUCACUAUGAUGGACGAGCAAGUGAUUGGGAAGAUUUAGAGUGGUCGAAGCAGGCAAUCCAUGUGAGUGUCCGAAAGCAAACUAAAUGGUGGUAUGCUAAGCGUUUUCUGCAUCCUGACAUUGUGGCAUCCUAUGACUACAUAUUUGUUUGGGAUGAGGAUCUAGGAGUAGAGCAUUUUAACGCAGAAGAGUAUUUAAAACUUGUGAGAAAACAUGGUUUGGAGAUUUCGCAACCUGGCUUAGAACCAAAUCAAGGGUUAACGUGGCAGAUGACUAAAAGGAGAGGUGACAGUGAAGUUCACAAGGAGACUGAGGAGAAACCCGGUUGGUGCACUCAUCCACAUCUUCCACCUUGUGCAGCUUUUGUUGAAAUCAUGGCAACUGUGUUUUCUCGCGAUGCAUGGCGCUGUGUUUGGCAUUUGAUUCAAAAUGAUUUGGUUCACGGUUGGGGUCUUGAUUUUGCUUUACGAAGAUGUGUGGAACAGCCCGCUCAUGAGAAAAUAGGGGUUGUGGAUUCUCAGUGGAUUGUUCAUCAAAGUAUUCCUUCUCUUGGGAAUCAGGGGAAAGCAGAAGGUGGGAGAGCACCAUGGGAAGGGGUAAGAGAGAGAUGUAAAAAAGAAUGGGAAAUUUUUAGGAUCCGGAUGUCUGAUGCUGAGAAUGCCUAUUAUCGUGGAAUGGGGAUUGAUCCGCCAAAUUCAACUCAAGCGUAGGAAAAAGGCUGCAACUAUUCUUUCCCUUUCUACUGGAAGAAAUCAUGUGUAUAAGGCACUGGUAAUUGUUUCUCUGGUAGUCUUGGAAUUUGAAUAGUCAGUUUAGGAGAAUUAAUACCACUGGGCAGUCUUUUUUUUGAAGCUCUAAAAGACUUCCAUGUGAGAGGAGAAUUACGGUCUUUAUUUAUAUGAAAGUUUUAAAAAGGUGCUUUGUCAUGUCAGAUGUGUAGAGGAAUCUAUGAAGGCAUGGACAAGCCCUUUAAUUCUCUAUGUUGCCUUUUAAAACAUUUUUCUUUAGGUGUUCUUGGCUCGCAUUUAAUUCAACGAUUUUGCA